UCCUCACCCACCACUUGAGGCUCCCAAGAAGGGACACAGGAGAGCAGCGGCAGACUUGGAUCGGGGCCGCCGGUUACGGCUGUGCGCGCAAAUACCAGAGGAGCCAUAGCCCGCCUUUCGGCAAGCGGCGCAAGGAUGUACGGCAGCAGGCUGUGGAGCGGCGCCGCGAUCCUGCUGGCUGCGCUCCUGCUCAGCCCAGAAAAGCGCUUGACGGUGGCGGCGGCGGCGGCUUGCUCUGGCUGUGGAAAAUGUGGCUGCAGUGGAGUAAAGGGGCAAAAAGGUGAUAGAGGUUUUCCAGGCUUACAAGGUUUGGUUGGAUUUCCUGGAAUUCAAGGACAUGAAGGGCCCCCAGGGCACUCAGGACUGAAGGGUGAUACUGGAGAACCAGGACUACCAGGAACAAAAGGAACAAGAGGCCCGCCAGGUCCAGCAGGCUAUCCAGGAAACCCUGGCCUUCCUGGCAUCCCUGGAGGAGAUGGUCCCCCAGGUCCUCCUGGUAUCCCAGGAUGCAAUGGAACAAAGGGUGAAAGCGGCCCCCUUGGUCCCCCAGGUUUACCUGGAUUCCCAGGAAAUCCAGGGCUCCAAGGACCUCCAGGCACAAAGGGAGACCCAGGAGAAGUUAUUGGAUUUCUACCAAAUGGUGUACUAAAAGGCGAAAAGGGCUCUGCUGGCCGACCUGGAUUACCGGGAUCACCUGGAUUACAAGGUGUUCAAGGCCCUAUUGGACCACCUGGACCUUCAGGAAGACCAGGUCCUCCAGGGCCAGCUGGUCCCCCAGGUGAGAAGGGUCAUAUGGGUUUGAAAUUUCAGGGACCAAGAGGUGACAAGGGUGAACGGGGAGUCAUGGGACCCCCAGGUCCCCCAGGACUUGUUCCGCAUGAGAAAGAGAAAGGGACCAUACUCGUACGCGGAGAGAAAGGUGAUCCUGGUGAAAAGGGUGACUAUGGCUUCUCAGGAGCACCAGGCUUAAGCAGCAAAGGGGAGAAAGGUGAACCUGGGAACCCUGGUUCAUUGGGAAGACCUGGGAAGGCUGGAGAGCCUGGAGAAAGGGGAAGUAGUGGAGAAACUGGCCAGCCAGGAUUUCCAGGACUACCUGGCCCAGAUGGCCUCAAGGGAGAUAAGGGUGUACCAGGUCCUGCAGGACCUCCAGGAAUAGUUAGAGAUAAAGAAGACAUAAUAGUAUUUGGUGAAAAAGGAGAUUCAGGUCCGCCAGGAUUCACAGGUCCAAAAGGUGAACUGGGUCCCAAAGGUUUUCCAGGGCCACCAGGGCCACCAGGUCCUCCAGGGCAACCCAGCCCAGGGAUAACAGGGGCACCUGGUUUUCCUGGCGAUAGAGGAGAAAAGGGUGAUCGGGGGCCCCCUGGACUUUCUUUGCCUGGGCCAAAAGGAAGAGAUGGAUUUACAGGACCUCGUGGCCAACCAGGCCCUCCAGGCCCACCUGGCAUAACAGAUGGCGGUCUGGAUUGUCAACCUGGACAAACUGGUGAUAGUGGCUCUCCAGGCCCUCCUGGCCCACAAGGCUAUCCAGGGGAAAGUGGAGAAAAAGGUGAAAAGGGUGACGGUUGUUUUUGUGAUGGAUUUGGCCCGCCUGGAGUACCAGGCCCCCAAGGGCUUCCAGGACAACCAGGUUAUCCAGGACCAGCAGGUGCUAAAGGGGACAGGGGCUUUCCUGGAUCUGAUGGCAUCCCAGGAGUGGCAGGACCUUCAGGUGCACCUGGAUUAACUGGAAACCCAGGACCAAAAGGAGAACAAGGAGAUGUGUUUUUUGACUCUGAUUUAAAAGGUGAUAAAGGAAAUCCUGGUAUUCCUGGAAUUCCAGGAGCUCCUGGUAAAGAAGGAAGGCCAGGGCGAGAUGGCCUGCCAGGUGACCCAGGUCCUAAAGGUGCAUCGGGAACCAUUGGAUUAAAAGGAGAACAUGGGCCCCCAGGAUUAAGUGGUUUUCCAGGGGUCCGUGGAGAGAGAGGCUCUCCUGGUGCUCCAGGAGUUGGGCCUGCUGGGCCACCUGGAGAUAAAGGGGACAAAGGUAGUGCAGGAUUCCCUGGCACACCAGGACUUCCAGGGCCCCAAGGCGAAGCUGGGCGUGCCAUGUUGCUGCCUGGCUCCCCAGGAUCAGAUGGUGUUCCUGGAUCUUCUGGAAUUCCAGGCAUCCAAGGUGACAAAGGAGAUCCUGGGAUCCCAGGAAGACCUGGCUUCCCAGGUGAAAAGGGUCCACCAGGGUUAUCAGGGCAAGGACCUCCUGGCCUUCCAGGGCCUCCAGGUUUUCCAGGUCAGCCAGGCCCACAAGGUCCAACGGGGGAGAAAGGGGAAACUGGUCCCAGAGGGAUACCAGGUUCACAAGGGUUACAAGGCCAAAAAGGUGAAGCUGGAGUAGGUCUCCCAGGUCCUAAAGGGUUUCCCGGCCCACAAGGAAGAGAUGGCUUUCCUGGAAUAAAAGGGGAUCGAGGGCUACCUGGCAUACCAGGAGAAAAAGGGUUUCCAGGUGUGGUUGGCCAACCAGGCUUGCAAGGUGACCGAGGUCCUGAUGGAUUACCAGGUCUACAGGGCUCCCCUGGUGUACCAGGAAUAGGCCCUCCUGGCCCUUCAGGGCCUGUAGGACAACCUGGACCUCCAGGACCAAUAGGACCUCCAGGAAUAAAGGGAGACAGGGGCUACCCAGGUGUCCCCGGUCUAGAUAUGCCAGGGCCAAAAGGAGAUAAAGGUACCCAUGGAACACACGGACUGCCCGGUUUGCAAGGAUUGCCAGGCCCACCAGGCCUUCAAGGAAGAGAAGGCCAACCAGGUGUUCCAGGGAUCAAAGGAGAAAUGGGAGUUAUGGGAACCCCUGGAACCCAAGGUCCUCCUGGCUCUAUAGGAACUCCUGGACUCCAAGGUGAAAAAGGUGACUCAGGUUUUCCUGGCGUGGCAGGAAUCAGAGGUGAUCCUGGUUUCAAAGGUGAAAAAGGUGAAGCUGGUCUACCAGGAAAGCCAGGAUCAAUGGACCGUGUGGAUAUGGAAAGGAUGAAAGGUCAAAAGGGAGAGCAAGGAAAUAAAGGGCAAGGAGGCAUAAUAGGAGAGAAGGGAUUUCAAGGAGAACGUGGCACACCAGGAAUGCCAGGGAAGGAUGGAGAUCCUGGUUUACCUGGUCAAGCAGGUCCAAAAGGGGACCUGGGUCCUCAAGGAUACCCAGGAGAACCAGGGCUGCCUGGACAAAAGGGUUCAAUAGGAGAAAUGGGCCUGCCAGGACAGGCAGGAGUGAAAGGAGUGCAAGGUCUUCCAGGUGAUCCUGGUGUACCAGGGUUUCCUGGAGCAAGAGGUGUGAAAGGAGAGAAAGGAGAGCCUGGAAUUGCAGGAAUUGGCCUUCCUGGGGAGCGUGGUGAGAAGGGAGAAUUGGGGAAAACAGGUAGUCCUGGCAUAGCUGGAGAAAAAGGAGAAAAGGGUAUUCAUGGAAUUCCAGGUUUCCCUGGUUCCCAAGGUGAGAAAGGACAACCAGGUCUUCCAGGUUCUCAAGGUAUUCCAGGCAUCCCAGGAGAAAGGGGUGAAAAAGGAUUUCCAGGCUUGAGUGGUUUUCCAGGCAUAAAAGGACAAACAGGUGACCCUGGGCUCCAAGGUCUUCCAGGUGCACCUGGAGAAAAGGGUGAACCAGGUUAUGAUGGAAUCCCAGGUUCACCUGGUCCAAAAGGGGACUCAGGUAUUCCAGGCAUUGGACGUCCUGGAACUUCAGGUGCUAAAGGAGAAAGAGGUGCAAAAGGAGAUAUGGGUUUUCCGGGAUCCCCAGGAAGUCCAGGAAUUCCUGGUAUAAAAGGAGAACCAGGAUUCGUUGGUCCACAAGGCCCCGUGGGUCAACCAGGCAUUCCUGGAAUACCAGGCAGACUCACAGAGGGACCUAAGGGUGACCGAGGACCCCCCGGGCAACCUGGGUUUCAAGGACAACCUGGGCCACAAGGAUCUCCAGGAGUUCCAGGAUUAUCAGGGCCAAAAGGAGAAAAAGGAAGCCCAGGUUGGCCUGGACAAGCUGGAAGACCUGGAUUCAAAGGGGACCAGGGAUCUCAGGGAAUCCCGGGCAAUGCUGGCUUUCCUGGAACUGUUGGCUCAAAAGGUGACAUGGGACCUCCUGGAAUUCCAGGCCCUCAUGGUCAAAAAGGUUCUUCAGGUUUCCCUGGACUCAAAGGAGAACAAGGUGAUCAAGGGUUUCCUGGAGCUAAAGGUUUCCCAGGACCACCAGGUCCUCCAGGCCCUUACCAGCUUGUGAAAGGUGAACCAGGUUUACCUGGUUCUGUAGGUCCAGUUGGUCCCAAAGGACUUCCUGGUCAUCCAGGCCCAAAAGGACAACAAGGUGUUACAGGACCUGUGGGUCCAACUGGAUCCCCGGGCACUCCAGGAUAUGAUGGAGCACCUGGUCAGAAAGGAGAAACUGGUCCUGUUGGUCCUCCAGGUCCUAGAGGCUUUCCUGGCCCACCUGGCCCUGAAGGCAUACCAGGGUCAAUGGGUCUACCAGGCGCUCCCUCUGUAGCUCAUGGCUUCCUCGUGACCAGGCACAGUCAAACCACAGAAGAGCCAUCAUGUCCAUCUGGAACAAGGCUAAUGUACUAUGGGUAUUCCUUACUUUACGUACAAGGAAAUGAAAGAGCCCAUGGCCAAGACUUGGGCACAGCAGGGAGCUGUCUACGAAAAUUCAGCACAAUGCCUUUCCUGUUCUGCAACAUCAACAAUGUGUGCAAUUUUGCCUCGAGGAAUGACUAUUCUUACUGGCUGUCUACCCCUGAGCCAAUGCCAAUGAGUAUGGCUCCCAUUACAGGAGAGAGCAUCAGGCCUUUCAUCAGUAGGUGUACUGUGUGUGAAGCUCCUGCUAUGGUGAUGGCAGUUCACAGUCAAACAGUCCAAAUUCCACCAUGUCCAGAAGGCUGGAGAUCCCUCUGGAUAGGUUACUCAUUUGUGAUGCAUACGAGUGCUGGUGCAGAGGGCUCUGGGCAAGCUCUGGCUUCUCCCGGUUCCUGUCUUGAAGAGUUCCGCAGCGCUCCAUUCAUCGAAUGCCAUGGCAAGGGCACCUGCAAUUAUUAUGCCAAUGCUUACAGCUUUUGGCUUGCCACUAUUGAGAAACAUGAAAUGUUCAAGAAACCUACUCCAUCUACUCUGAAAGCAGGUGAACUAAGCUCAAACGUUAGCCGUUGCCAAGUCUGUAUGAGAAGAACAUAAUGACUUUCCAGUUGUACCUGCUAACAGUAUGGUGCUAACAGCAGGGAAGCUUAGGCAUAUUUCCUAUGUACCUCAUGGUUGCCCAAUAUGGAAACAGUCAAGUGCCUUACAGGAACCUGCCUAACUCAAUCCUGUGCUUUCUUGGCCUUUUACUCGCUGAAGAAGAAGAAGAAGAAGAUACAAUGGAGAUAAGCUUCAAAUAGCACUUUUGAAUAAAAAUAAUCUUUCGUGAUGCACUGAUAUACUAAACCCAGAAAAAGAAAAUGGUGCUAGGAGGCAUGCAUCUCUGCUUCAUGUGUGUAACUCCCCUUCGUCAUUCCUUCCCAACUCCUGCCUACUUUGACUUUCUAGGCUUUGAAUAUAUACUUAUUGUUCCUGAAAAACUAAUAUAAUGAAGAGUGCCGGUAACAGAAUAUGAUUGAACAGCAAGGAUUCCCUCUUCACAAAAUGCCAGCAUGUGAGAGCCAGUGUGGGGUUGUGGUUAGCGUGUUGGACUAGGACUAGGGAGACCCAAGUCCAAACACCCAGUCAACCAUGAAACUCACUGGGUGACUCUGGGCCAGUCACUUCUCUCUCAGCCUAACCUACCUCACAGGGUUGUUGUGAGGAUAAAUGUAACCAUGUAUACUACUCUGGGCUCCUUGGAGGAAGAAAGAGCAGGAUAUAAAAGUAAUAAAUAAAUAAUAAAUACAGAGUGCUGACAUACAGAGGUGCACCUAAGUAAUUUUGGAGUCCGAACCUAAAGGCUUUUGGAGGCCCCCCUCGUACCUACACACAGUAUUUUAAACACAUUUUUAACGUGAUCACACCACCCGGGACAGACUUAAAAAGGAUUUGGGAGCCCCCAGAGGGUAUAGAGGCCCUGGACUUUGGCCUGGAAGUCCAGGGAUAAAAGCACCUCUACUGAAAGAGAAGGGUGUUCCUCCUGUCUGAAUUGUGUGCACCACUAAAGAAACACAAGCAAGAGGAUGGAGAAUAUUGGAGAUUGAGUCAAUGUGUCUGCCCUUAUAUGUUCUCUGUGUGUGUGUCUGUAUACUUACACGCAGGUUCCCUCUAUUUUCCAAUUAGCCACUCUCAAAUUAGAGAAGCAUAGGAAAAAAUCAGCAAGCCAUUUGUGAUCAAUACAUAAGAUGUAUACCUUGAGCUUCCUUUUUUAUGUAUUAAAUAUUUUCAGGGGUUUACACACUAAUACACUGAAUGACUUGAUUUUGAACAUGUAAAAGGCCUUAAGAGUUGGUGAAUAUAUUCCAAGUUAAAAAGAAACUCAGCACAAUACAAUUGAGUUUCUAUAAAAUAUGCUGGUAUUUGAGAACAUUUAUGUCUAAAUUCAAUCAUAUAAGUAAGCCAUAUUUUUAAAGAGGCCUUUAGAGCAUUCUAUGACUGUACUUUUUAAAAAUGAAAAAUGAAUAAAAAGUAUUUGUGUAAAAA